GUAAAACACUUUGGAUUUCAUUUCGAUCGUUUACUCAUCCGAUUUUUUGUUUAAUGAAAUCUUUUUUUUUCAGCUACGAACUAUUUUCUCCCUAUCGUUCAAUAUUUCAUUGAACGUGCAACAAGAUCAUAGGUUUCUGAUACAAAAGUGGCUAUCCAGGUCUCUCUUGUUUGGUCUGUGAUGGAUAACAUCAAUUUUGAAACCUCAAAUGCUUCACAAGGAAGCCGGCUACACUUGCACUCGCAAUCGCAACCUCCCCAGCUGUUUAAUUUACAAGACGUGAAUAUGAACCAUUACAAUCAAUCAUCUCCAUGGACCAGCGAGACGUUCUCGGGUUAUACUCCAUACGAUUGCACAGCCAAUCAAUCUCUCUCCGUGCAAUGUUCGUCUUCAAAACCCAAUCAUGCCUUGUUUCAUCCUUACCAUCAUGAUCAAUCUUCGGAUCAUCCAUCAGAAGACCAAUCCCAGUCGAUGGUUCCUAUGCAACUUCUUCAGGAUCAAUAUUUAAAGCCAUUAUAUCAAAAAUCAUGUGCUAAUGAUUUCGCCGCAACAAAUGCUUCAUCAUCCUCAUACUCUCUUUCUUUUGAUGCAAGUCAAGAUCCACAAGAACUAUGCAGGAGGACCUAUAGUACUUCUAAUGUAACACAACUUCAUUUCUCAUCAUCACAUCACCAUGCUAAGCAAACACAUCCAAGAUUUUCUUCUCAUUCCUUCUCAGCCCAUGGAGGCUCCAUGGCUCCUAAUUGUGGGACGGUUGGGAACAAGACAAGGAUAAGGUGGACUCAAGAUCUUCAUGAGAAGUUCGUGGAAUGCGUUAACCGCCUUGGUGGUGCUGAUAAGGCAACACCCAAAGCGAUACUGAAGCUGAUGGAUUCUGAAGGACUCACAAUAUUUCAUGUUAAAAGCCAUCUACAGAAGUAUAGGAUUGCGAAAUACAUCCCUGACUAUCAAGAAGGCAAGUUUGAGAAGGGAUCUUGUUCAAAAGAGCUGUCUCAGCUUGACACAAAAACUGGAGUGCAAAUUAAAGAGGCUCUCCAGCUUCAGCUAGACGUUCAGAGGCAUCUUCAUGAACAACUAGAGAUUCAAAGAAACCUGCAACUAAGAAUCGAAGAACAAGGGAAGCAAUUGAAAAUAAUGAUAGAGCAACAACAAAAGACAAAAGAGUGUCUUCUUCUCAAGUCACCAAACGCUGAAGCAUCGUUGUCUCUCUCUGCUUCUGAUCACUCUCCUCCGCCUUUCUCAAUACAAGAUGCAGAAGCCCUGAUGCUAAAAACUUAUGGAGACACUCAAUCCCAAUCAAAGAUAAGCUGAACAAUGAGAGAUUGGCUAAAUAGAAAAUGCCUAACUAAAGCAUGUUUUUUUACUCUAUUUAAAGUGAUGCAUGUAACGUUAUAAGAGUCACGACAAGAGAAUGUCCAAAGUGCUACACACACUAACACUUGGAAACAGAAUCAGGUACUUAAAUGUGUGCAAGUGGUGUGUGGAGUCUUAGUCAUAUAUAGACUGAUAUAUAGAUGUGUGAGAUUAUUCUUAAUUAACUAUGUGCUUUUAAAAAUUCAAACGA